UGGAAAAAAACCACUUCUCCUCCUUCGUCUCUCCGCACCAACCCUUCCUCUCCAUUCUCCAAUCCAGAGCUUCAACCAUGGCUCUCAGCCGCCUUUCAUCGACCACCUCGUCUUCGUCCCUCUUCCGCCCUUCCCUCGUCGCCGCCACCCGCCUCUUCUCCUCUUCCGAUGUCCUCACCGUCGAGACCAGUGUCCCCUUCACCGCCCACCAGUGCGAUCCCCCUUCACGCACCGUCGAGACAACCCCAAAGGAACUCCUCGGUUUCUUCCGAGAUAUGUCCAUGAUGCGCCGCAUGGAGAUCGCUGCUGACUCUCUCUACAAAUCUAAGCUUAUUCGUGGGUUUUGCCACCUCUACGAUGGUCAGGAAGCCGUCGGCGUCGGCAUGGAGGCCGCCAUCACCCGCCGGGACGCGAUUAUCACGGCUUACCGUGAUCAUUGCAUCUUUCUCGCCCGCGGUGGAUCUCUGUUUGAGAGUUUUGCGGAGCUGAUGGGCCGCCGCGGUGGUUGCUCUAAGGGCAAGGGCGGGUCGAUGCAUUUCUACAAGAAGGAGUCGCAGUUCUAUGGCGGCCAUGGUAUCGUUGGGGCUCAGGUCCCUCUUGGGUGUGGCAUCGCGUUCGGCCAGAAGUAUUCCAAGGAUGGCUCUGUCACGUUCUCCAUGUAUGGAGAUGGGGCUGCGAAUCAAGGGCAACUCUUUGAGGCUCUUAACAUCUCUGCGCUGUUGGACUUGCCUGCCAUCUUGGUUUGCGAGAACAAUCAUUAUGGAAUGGGGACUGCAGAAUGGAGGGCGGCCAAGAGCCCAGCAUAUUACAAGCGAGGUGACUAUGUUCCUGGUCUUAAGGUUGAUGGAAUGGAUGCUUUAGCAGUGAAGCAAGCAUGCAAAUUUGCUAAAGAACAUGCUCUAAAAAAUGGACCCAUUAUUCUUGAAAUGGACACUUACAGGUACCACGGUCACUCCAUGUCAGAUCCUGGGAGCACCUACCGCACCCGCGAUGAAAUAAGUGGUGUGAGACAGGAGCGUGAUCCAAUUGAAAGAAUUAGAAAAUUGAUAUUGUCCCAUGACCUAGCCACCGCAUCAGAGCUCAAGGAUAUGGAGAAGGAAAUCAGAAAGGAAGUGGAUGAUGCCAUUGCUCAGGCCAAGGAGGACCCUUUGCCUGAUCCGUCUGAGCUGUUCAGCCACGUAUAUGUUAAAGGACUCGGUACAGAGGCCUUCGGUCCAGAUAGGAAGGAGUUGAAAGCUGCCCUUCCAUGAAGCAAAAUCUUUCCAUGAAAACAUUAUUCCCACAUUUUAGAAAAAUAAGAUGUACAAAAUUUUUUUUUGUGCAUACGUUGGUAUGAUGAUGCUUAAGGCCUAUUGUUGUAAUUCUUGUUUUCCUUUUCUGAAUUUCUCCCAACCUUCGUUGAGAGGGAAGUAACCUUUGAUUAUUUUCUGUCAAAUGAGGUUUUGCCAUGUUGAUGUUUCUUAUGGUGAUGAUAUAUAUGUACUUUGUAUCAGACACCAUCACAUGAGAAAUAAGAAAUUUUUUUUUUCUAUUGACCAGA